AUCUCCUGUUAUAAGAAGGCAUCACAGUGUCCUGUCAAAUAAAGAUUUUGCGUAUACGAUCAAUUUAUUUAUUACUUUUGCCGCUUGUAAGUUGUUAUUUGAUGGUCUAUAUAUAUACACCCAGCCAACACAAGUACAAGAAAAUUUUUAUUAAAGCAAUCAAAACGGACAAAGAUCGGCUUCAUUCCGACAAGUCUGAGGACUUACUUUUUCUGAAGGAUCAAAUGGAAAAAAUAAAAAUGACACUUGGGUCUAUUGACAAGCGUAGAGCCGAGAUAGAACAGAAGAGAAAUAGCAGGAUUCAGAGUAAAGUUAUAGCAUCAACAUGUUUUUGCGAAAAAUCAUUUGUUCAGUCUAGAGGUUUUAAAGUGUGCUUUACUGAUGAUGUACAUCUACCUAAAACAAUUUCUUUAGAGCCAAGUUCAGAGUCUGAAUCAGAAAAUAAUUACAUAGACUGUUCAAUAAGGAGUUUUAAAAAUCAAGAACAAACCAUUGUUAUCAACAGAGAAGUUAUUAAAGAAACUAUAAGAACAGCUAUAAACAUGGAUAUAACAGCUCAUAAAAUUACAGCAACUCUGAUAGAACUUGCCAUUGCAGCUGGAGGUAAUCCAAAUAAGUUGCACUUUUCUUAUACAUCAGCUUUUCAAAUGAAAAACAAUAUUAUUAACAAAGAUGCUAAAAAUAUUAAGUUUUUGAUAAAAAAAAGAGAUCGAACAGGGUAAGGUGAAAAUUCAGCUACACUUUGACGGAAAGUUAAUCAAGGUUUGCAUAUAUUUAAUUUUAACUGGUGUUUUGAAAACAACUGUUUUUCUUACAUUAUUAAUCUAAUCCUAGUUCUAGAACUUGAUAUUAAAUCACGGUGAUGUAGCAAUUGAUAGGAUUUGUGUUCUUAUGAGAGCUGGAGGUACUGAUCAUCUACUUGGCGCUCCAAGAGUUCAUUCUGGUACAGGGCUAAAUCAGUUCAAGGCUAUCAAAGAAAUUUUGAUAGAGUUUGAAAUUGCUGAUCACGUAAGGAUGGUCUGCUUCGAUACUAUUGCUAUCAAUACUGGAAUGAUUCGUGGUGCUAUAUACAGGUGAACUGUUUUUCAAUAUAAUUUAAAAAAAGAACUAUGAAACGAUGUUAGUAAACCAUUGUUGAUGCUUGCUUGUAGACAUCAUGUUUUAGAAGUCAUAUUAAAACAUUAUUGGUUAGCAGUUACCAUAGACAAAACCACAGAACCUGACAACGCAAUCUUUAAAGGCUUGAAAAGUAAGUGGAAUGAUAUUGAUGUGAAAAACUGUGUCAUCACUCACUUCAAAUGGCAAUCUAUUUAUGAUUCUUGGUUUAAUGAACAAGCAGAAAAAGCAAGAAAAUGUUUAAUGACGAUUGUGAAUGAAGGAGUCUUCAAAAACUCAGAGACACGACUACCAGGAACUGCUGAGCUAGCUCUCAUGUUCUUGAAACCAACAUUCAAGCCUCUCAACAUACACAAGCCUGGAGCAGUACAUCAUGCUUGUUUUAUGGCAAAGAGUAUCUACUAUCUAAAGAUAAUGCUUCUUCUUAAUUCGACCAAGCAAAUCCUAAAAUUAAGCCAGGAGAAGAUUAAUGAGGUAAAAAAAGAUGGCAAUUUUUAUUUCAAUUUUCUAUGCUCCUCAAUUUCUGAGAGCUGAAAAAUCAGAUACAGCUGCAAUCCAAGUUAGUUUUUUAGCCUUUGAUACAAAUAAUCAUAGUUAAAUUUUAGCAUUAUUAUUUGAUAAAAUAGUGUACCCAAAUUGUAUUAAAAUUUUAACAUUGCAGGACCAGCACUUUAUCUGGCACAAGGCCCACUUGGAGAAGUUUGAUGUAGCUGCAGCUUCAGUCUUCAAAAGGUGGGGAAAACACAGCUGGUACUUUGAUUCCACUACUGUUAUUUUUGCCCUAUCCAAUUCAGAUCAGUCUGUGUCUGACAUUACAAAGGAAGAAAUGGCUAGAAAGCUAGAAGAGUAUCCUCCAACAAACAAGUAUGAUUUUGAAAGAAAGAGCAAUUCCGGUUUUAUUCCACAAAAGACAUAAUUUCUCAAACUCACCAAGCCACCUUCACUCGUUAAUUAUGUAGGAGCUGA